CCGUGCGGACGCUCGUUCCUGCGCGGCAUGCAGCCCUCCUUCUCCAAUCAGUUCAGCACCAUGAGGUUUUCCUACCACCUGAACACCUCCCCGCCUCCUCCUGCACCCCCACACAUUAGCGCCCCCCACAGGACAGGUCCCUCCUCCUCCUCCAGCCCCAGUUUGCUGGCUAAAGGUCUCUCUCUGGAGACGUCCUGCGGUCCGUGCGGCCACCAGGGGGCGCUGGAUGCCGAUGCUCCCCAGCAGCUGAGCUCCGACCCGGGGCCCAGCUCCUUCUCCUCAGACCCCGCCUCGCUGGAAGUAGGGGCGGGGCUAACAGAGCGCCGCAGCUCCGCUAACGGGCUCCUGUUGGUCAACGACACGGGGCCGCCGGAGCUACCGGCUACCACAAUAACACCAACGAGCAAGAGCAGGCCGCCACUACCCGGACCCAAACCUCAGGUCCCCCCGAAGCCCCCCCACCUGCAGCAGCAAGCGGGGGUGUCGAGGCCCCGCCCACGUGUCCCAGAUAAGCCCCUCCCUCCUCCCCCGCCCUGCAGACCCCUCCCUGCAGACCCUCGGGGUGGCCGGUCUCCACCCAGUCGCAGUGAUGGCACUGCCUCCCCCACAUGCGUCCUGUCACUCAUCGAGAAGUUUGAACGCGAGCAGAUCAUCGUGGUUCCUGACAUCACCGGGGGGGCACUGUGCCCCCGCCUGCCGGACACAACCUCCUCCUCCUCCUCCUCACGCCCUUCAUCACCACCGUCCUCCUCAGCUGCGCCCCCCCCUCCUGAAGAGGAUCCUCCCUCUGAUGUCAAAGGUCACGAUGACAUCACACUGGGGGGUGAGGCAGGAGAGGAAGAGGAAGAGGGAGACCUGCAUGAUGAAGACGACGACGACGAUGAGGAGCUGGCGGCGGCGUGUCGUGACGACGUCCAUCAGAAGCGUCUCUCCAUGGAGUCGGGUUACAGCGCAUCGGAGAAACACCUGGAGGACGACGUGGUUGCCGUGGAGAUGAGGGAACAACAGCCGGCGCAGCUCGACCAAUCAGAGAUCCCCUCCGAGCGUUUGUCCCUCCCCUCCUCGCAGACGGAGGGAAAGCUGGCAAAUCGGGACAGCGGCAUCGACAGCAUCAGCUCGCCGUCGCACAGCGAGGAGCUCUGCUUCGCCGGCGUGGACGACGGGGGCGCGGUCUACCCGUGUAGCCCCGCCCUCCUCCCCCGCCUCUCCAGCUCCUCCUCGUACGCCGGGGAGGGAGGCGACGGGGAGGAGGGGGAGGCGAGGGGCGGCGCCAGGAGGAGGAGGGACUUUUCCGAGGAGGGAGACAGCGACCUGGAAGAGGAGGAGGAGGCCGAGCUGACCCUGGUGCUGCCACCCCCCAAAACAGACAGACAGGACUCUGUGGAGCUGUCUGUGCAGCAGAGGGUCUUCAACAUCGCCAACGAGCUGCUGCACACAGAGAUCGGCUACGUCUCCAAACUCCACCUCCUGGACCAGGUGUUCUGUGCUCGGCUCCUGGAGGAGGCGCGCUCUCGCUCCUCCUUCCCCUGCGACGUGGUUCAGGGAAUCUUCUCCAACAUCUGCUCCAUCUACUGCUUCCACCAGCAGUUCCUCCUGCCGGCACUGCAGAAACGCAUGGAGGAGUGGGAAUCAAACCCUCGUAUCGGGGACAUCCUGCAGAAGCUGGCUCCCUUCCUGAAGAUGUACGGAGAGUACGUGAAGAACUUCGACCGGGCCAUGGAGCUGGUGAACAUCUGGAUGGAGAGAUCCGCGCAGUUCAAGACCAUCGUGCAGGAGAUCCAGAGGGAGGAGCGCUGUGGGAACCUGACACUGCAGCAUCACAUGUUGGAGCCGGUCCAGAGGAUCCCUCGCUACGAGCUGCUGCUGAAAGACUAUCUGCACCGACUGCCGGAGGACGCCCCGGACCACAGGGAUGCCCAGAAGUCUCUGGAGCUGAUCGCCACCGCAGCAGAACACUCCAACGCCGCCAUCAGGAAGAUGGAGCGGAUGAGGAAGCUGCUGAAGGUGUACGAGCUGCUGGGAGGAGAAGAAGACAUCGUUAACCCAACUAACGAGCUCAUUAAAGAAGGACACAUCCUCAAACUGUCCAACAAGAACGGCACCACCCAGGACCGAUACCUCAUCCUGUUUAACGACAGGUUGCUGUACUGCGUCCCGAAGCUUCGUCUGAUUGGUCAGAAGUACGGCGUCCGUGCUCGCAUCGAUGUGGACGGGAUGGAGCUGAAGGAGACCAGCAGUGCUGCGGUUCCCCGGACGUUCCUGGUUUCUGGAAAACAGAGAUCCCUGGAGCUGCAGGCCAGGACGGAGGAGGAGAAGAAAGACUGGAUUCAGGCCAUCCAGGCGACCAUCCAGAGACACGAGCAGACGAUGGAGAGCUUCAGACAUCUCAACUGCUCUCUGCGAGACGACGAGUCCACGCCGCCUCACUCCCCGAGCUGCGUGGAGCUGGGGAAACGAGCUCCGACCCCGAUCAGAGAGAAGGAGGUGACUCUGUGUAUGAAAUGUCAGGAGCCGUUCAACUCCAUCACCAAGAGACGGCACCACUGCAAAGCCUGCGGACACGUGGUUUGUGGGAAAUGCUCAGAGUUUCGUGCUCGCCUUUCGUACGACAACAACCGCACCAACCGCGUGUGUAUCGACUGCUACGCCAUGCUGGUGGGUGCGUCGCCGUCGCCCGCCACGCUGAGCAGCAGCAGCCAGAGGAGGCGCUCCAUCCUGGAGAAACAGGCCUCCCUGGCAGCGGAGCACAGUGUGAUUUGUAGUUUUUUGCACCACAUGGAGAAAGGCAGUGGGCGGGGCUGGCAGAAGGCCUGGUUCGUCGUCCCCGAGAACGAGCCGCUGGUGCUCUACAUCUACGGAGCUCCACAGGACGUGAAGGCACAGCGCAGCGUGCCUCUGAUUGGCUUCGAGGUCUCCCUCCCCGAGUCAUGUGACCGCCUCGAGCGACGCCACGCCUUCAAGAUCUCCCAGAGCCACCUGACCCUGUACUUCAGCGCCGACUGCGAGGAGCUGCAGCGACGGUGGAUCGACGUCCUACUGCGCGCCGGGAGGGGGGAGGAGCCUCAGUUGCAUCGACCAAUCGUGGAGAGCGUGGAGGAGGAGGGGGAGGAGCUAGCGACCGUAGCGGAGGACGAGAACACGUGAUUCUAUUGGACGAGGAUAAAAAAAAAUGGCGAUGAUGAAGAUUGGUCCCUGUUGGAAAACCAUUACAAAACCAGUAGCCGAUAUUUACACACACACACACACACACACUGCAUGAUGACGUCUCUUCUUCUUAACAUUUUUGUGACGCAGUGAUGUGGGCGGAGCCUCUUCUCCCGCAGGAAUCAUGGGAAGCACUGUGUUCUUCAUCCCCUCAGUUUGGUCUCAAAAACUACAGUACCCAUAAGCCUCAGCGGUGUUCAGGCUUUAAAAAAGAACUCUCUGAUUUGACGGAUUUCCUGGAACGUGAAGCACAUUCAUCAGCUGCUUCACAAAAAAAUUUAACUUAUGGUUUCAAUUAAUCUGGUGUUCAGAGGAUCAACUGGUGGAAUUUGGUAGUUAAAUGACUUUGUAACAGAGCUCACAACUCGUAGAGGGUUUUAGUGCAACAGUAUUAACUUAUCUCAACCAUUUUCAGUUCUCUGCACAGACCAGUAAAAAGUUAUCUUCUAUUAAGAGACUUACAUACAGAAGCUCGGAAACACAAAGCAACGUUAAGGGAUUCAGCUUGGACAAACUGGGUUGAAUUCACAAAAACUGGAUUGCAGCUGCUUUUAGUUUCAUGAAUCGUGCAGCAUUAGCGACGUCUAUUUGCACCAUCCCAAAGUCCGAUUCACUAAAGAUACUGCCCUAAUGAUAUUACAAUUAACACCCAUUAAGGUUUGCAGCUAAAUGGCAUCUUAUUGUGGUCAUAUAUGUUGAAGCUAUGGUUGUCUUUGCACUAAUCACAUUGUAAAGGAAGAGAGAAAAGGAGGUACGGUAUUUAAAGGAGACAGAAAAACCUGAUUCUAGAUUGUCUUUCCUUGUCAGUCGGUUUAAAUGUGCUUCAGGUGAAAUGAACUCUCUGAAGACACUUCACUGUAACUGCGUGUGGCUUUUACCGCUAAACAUGGUGAAUUGGACAGUUUUUGCAUGAUGCUAAAUUUAAUGCCAAAUCCUUGCAAAUAAUCAGAUUUGAAUACGUGCAAACACGACAGGAGAACGGAGAGGCACGUUUCUUGGAAGUGCGAUUAGGAAUGCAUUGAACCUUUUGUAGGCGCUUUGUUUCUUAUUUUUGUAUUCAUGCAGAUUUAGGGUUUUGGCUGCAGAGGCUGUGCAAUCCUUUUGUGAAUUCCCCCCUGAGUGCAGUCCAGCUCAGUGUCCCUGUGAUUCACACCCAUUUUGAACAAUUCUGCACUUCCAGUUUUACAUCCAACGCCAGCGAUGUAACUACAACCACCGUCUGGUGCAUGUUGGCUCACAGAUUUAGUAAAAAAGUGUUAAAAAUUGGUGUUGGAAGUAAAUCUGUUGUUUUGCAGAAUCUUCCACUAUCAGUGUUCAGACUGUUUCUGAUAUGAAACGGAAACCUUCAUUAAUCUGACAACAAGUGGAAACGGAUUAAACAAGCACAUGAAAAAGCAUUUCAGAGUGAAAAUGGACAACAGAUAAAGAAUCCCAGCAGAGGGUUUAGGAAUGGCUCUUCUACCGGACUCGAUCAGCCAUGAAGAAGAGAUUAAAGAAGAGAUUUGUUCCCUGUUUUUAAAAGAUAAUCCCUGAGACGUGUCAGCAGGAAGUUGAUAUAGACUGUCAAAAGGAGGAAACGCUGUGAGAUUUUUAAAAAAACAAAAGAAGAAACAGACUGAUGUGUCCUCUUUAAAUGCACUUGAAAGACUUUUGAAUUUUUAACCCCCAAAUUUCCCCCUGAAACUUCAUCGCUACUGUCUGACAAAUCCCAACCUGCCUAAUGGAAUCACCUGUCGAGGGGGCAACUACAUUUCCCAGCAGCCUCGGCUCCAAGUGGUGGACUCAUUUUACCUGACGCCUCUCUGCCUUCUGCUGGGGAGGUUCGGUACUGCAGAUUUUUUAUAAAUCACUGAGGCGGUUCAUCGGGGUCCUAAAGAAACCUCUGUUUUCAGAUCACCAAAAAAAAGCAGAUUAAGACUCCAAAAAUGUAAAUAUGGUGACUUCAUUUGUUUAGUUUGUCAUUAUUUGAAGCAUACCUUUGGAGACUGUGAACCACUAUUUUCAUUGUUAAUCAUUUUGCUGAUUAUUUUCACACUUAAUUUGGAUUGUUUGGUCUAUAAGAUGUCAGAAAAGUAAACAAAAAAAGUCCAAAAUGUUUUUUUAAAUGCUUUAGUUUUUCAGUCCAAAGAUAUUCACCCAAUAUUAAAUAAAAUAUAUGAGCUUAUAACCACCAUUAAGAGAAUCUAAACACAUCUAGACGUCACUUUGGACUCCCAGAGAUUUUUUAUUUUAUUGACCAGACAGUUGAUUGGUUAAUUGAGAAGAUAAUUAGUUAGAGAAUGAAAAUGAUCGUUAGCUACAGCACUGAUUGCAGUAAGAACCGAGGCCUCUAAAGGACACUGAUGAGCGCAGCCUAAGAUGAUGAUGGU